UCUGUUGCUCAGGCUAGAAUGCAAUAACCUCACUGCAACCUCUGCCUCUCUGGUUCAAGCGAUCCUCCCACCUCAGCCUCCCAAUUAGCUGGGAUAACAAGUACCUGCCACCAUGCCCAGCUAACUUUUGUAUUUUUAGUAGAGACGGGGUUUCACCAUGUUGACUAGGCUGGUCUCAAACUCCUGACCUCAGGUGAUCCUUCCACCUCAGCCUCCCAAAGUGCUGAGAUUAUAGGCAUGAGCCACUGCCCCCAGUGAAAAGGGCACCCUUAAUGGAAGAAACAGCACAAGCAAAGGCUCAGGAUAGAAACAAGUAGGUUUCUGGGACAGGGUGUGACCUGGAGUGACUGGAGCACUGUGGGAAAGGUCAAGAAAUGAGAUUGGAGAAGCAGUCGGCCCAGCUAGGGAAGGGCUUUAGAUGCCAGACAGUUGUUAUAAUUAAGCCCCGGAGAGUCCAGAUAAAUAUUUCCUUCUUUUUUCCUCUCUAUCCUCCUCCUUCUUUUCAAGUGCAGACAGCUGAGUUAAUCCCAUUUCUCAAGUCACAGCUCAUUGUCGUCACACACUUCACUUUAUUUUUUCCUCGAUCCCUACUCCUUUCCCCCUUACUCCCAACCAUCAUGGGCAUCCACUUGUGUGAAACUAACACUCGAUGAUGAAGGCAGCAUGUGGUGGUGUGAAGCACAAGGAUUCUGGAGUUGGACUGCCUGGAUUCAAAGCUGGGUCCACAUUUUACCAGCUGUGUGGACUCUGGGCAAGUUACUUAACCUUUCUGUGCUUCUGUUACUUAAUCUCUGUAAAUACUGAUAAAACUGAUAUUUGUAUCACAGGACAGUUAUGAAGAUUAAAUGAGUUAUCACUUGAAAAACACUUAAAAUAGUAUAGGUAUCUAUGUGAUAAAUAAAUCUCGUUCAGGCACUGUGGCUCACGCCUCAAUCCCAGUGCUUUGAGAAGCCGAGGCAGGAAUAUUGCUUGAGGCCAGGAGUUCAAGACCGGCCUGGACAGCAUAGUAAGACCCUGUCUCUGCAGAAAAAUUUAAAACAUAGCUGGCCAUGGUGGUGCAUGCCUGUAGUCCCAGCUACUUGGGAGGCUAAUGGGGAGGAUCUCUUGAGCCCAGGCGUCCCAGGCUGCAGUGAGCUGUGAUCAUGCCACUGCACUCCAACCUCCUGGGCAACAGAGUAAGACUUCGUCUGUAAAAUAAACAAACAACAAAGAAAUAAAUCUCAAACAAGUCUCCACUAUGUACUUGGAUAUACUGUUAUCCUUGUAGAAAGAUAACAAUAUAUUGCAGUGGCUCAUGUCUGUAAUCCCAGCACUUUGGGAGGCCAAGGCAGGCGGAUCACCUGAGGUUGGGAGUUCAAGACCAGCCUGACCAACAUGGAGAAACCCCAUCUCUACUAAAAAUACAAAAUUAGCCAGGCUUGGUGGUGCCUGCCUAUAAUCCCAGCUACUUGGGAGGCUGAGGCAGGAGAAUUGCUUGAACCCAAGAGGCAGAGGUUGCAGCAAGCCAAGAUCAUGCCAUUGCACUCCAGCCUGGGCAACAAGAGCAAAAUUCUGCCUCAAAAAAAAAAAAGAAAGUGCUUACAUCACAGCCUCUUCCUUUGUAUCUGUUCCCUCCCUUUAAGAACUCUCGUUCAAUCCCAUGACUUCAGUUUUAUGUCAGUGAUGCUCAGCAUGUAUCUCCAGUUUCGGUCUCACCCUAAACUGCUGCCUUGACACUUCUGCUAAAAUGUCUAACAGCUGUCAGACCUAACCUGCCACCUGUCCAAAACCUGCUCCAUGCCAGCCUUCCCUAAGCCAGCUUCCUUCCCUUCAAACAGGCCGAAUGCCUCGAGGUCAUUCUGGCUUGUCUUCACUCAAACCCAACAUUAGAUCUUUCAGCAAAUCAUGUCAGAUCCACCUACGAAACACAUGCAGGAUGCAGCCACUUCCACUGCCACUAUCCAAGCCUUGCUCAUCUCCCACCAGGCCUGCUGUGGCAUCUCCUCUACCGGCCUCUGCUCUGAGCUCCCACUCCUGCCCCCUCAACACUCUCUUCACUCAGCAGCCAGAGGGAUUGUCUCAAAAACGGACUCUGAUUGUGUCACUCCUCUGCCGAAACUCCCAGCGACAACACCUGCCUCUUGGCUGUGCCUUCAUCACACCAGGCACCUCUUGCACCCCAGGGCCUUUGCGCUUGCCAUUCCCAUUUCCUGGAAUCCUCUUCCUGCAAGUCUGUUCCCAGUUGUCAACUUCAUGGUGAAGCUUCUCCUGGACAACCUGCUCAAAAGGUCCUACACGUCAGGAAUUCAGGAUCCACAUCCAAGGAGGCUCACUGACUUGGCUGGCAAACUGGUGAUGGCUGCAGGCUGAGGACCUCAGUUCCUCUCCACAGGACAGCUUGAGUGUCCUCAUGGCAUGGUGGCUGCUGUCCCCAGAGUCAAUGACUCAAGAGAACAAGACAGGAGCUCAAUGCCUUUAUGAGCUAGAUUCAGACAUCAUGUACUGUCACUUCUGCCAUAUUCUUUUGGUCACACAACUCAAAUCUGAAUCAACGGGAUAGGGGUCACACGCUGAUGAAUACCAGGCGGCAAGGGUCAUUGUUGGCAGUCUUGUAGGCUGGUGACCACACCAUGGAAUGCCAGAGCGGCACUACUUCUAAAGGCCUUGAAUAUUUUGUCUUCAGGAACAAGACACUGUCGAAUCCGCAUUUAGAAAGAUUAUAGCUUUUCUCAAAGUGUUCUCCACGGACACCACCACUAUCACCAAUGGCUUGUUACAAAAUGCAGGUUCCUGGGCCCGUUCCAGAAGUGCUCAAUCAGAAUGGGAGCGAUCUGGGACUCUGUAAUGGCAAAAGCCCCUUCCCCAAUUCUUAUGCACAUGAAAGUUGCAGAACUACAGGAUUCGAAUUUGAGGGCAGGAAGACACUAGCUGUUUCUCUGCAAUCUGAACAUUCCGAACGAGGAAACCGAGGCCAAGAGAGGAGAAAGGGACCUGCUCGCAUCUCCCAGGUGGUCUAGGCUGGGGACAAGAAGUUCGGAUCUGGUCCCACCCCGGCCGACCCGCCCAGACCUCCAGGACCUGCAGGGUUCGCCAGACGGGAAUCGGAGCCUUCGGGGUGGGCCACCAGCUCCCGGGCCGCUUUCAACCUGGGGAACGGGGGCGGUGGGCGCGUCGCCAUUGGCCCGGGCGCGGCGAGCGCCUCCCCAUUGGCCGGGCGGAGCCCUCCGCCCCCGGCCGGGGCGGCCUUGCCAUUGGCCCCUCCCUCGCCUAUAAGGCGGCGGCCCGCUGGGCCGUGGGAGCGCGCGGGAGCGCAAGGCUGGGCGCGGCCAACGCUGGGACGCGGCGCACUGAGGGACGCGGCCGGCGCCCAUGGCGUUCGCGCUGCUGCGGCCCGUCGGCGCGCACGUGCUGUACCCGGACGUGCGGCUGCUGAGCGAGGACGAGGAGAACCGCAGCGAGAGCGACGCGUCGGACCAGUCGUUCGGCUGCUGCGAGGGCCUGGAGGCGGCGCGGCGCGGCCCCGGCCCCGGGGGCGGGCGGCGGGCGGGCGGCGACGCGGGUCCCGUGGUGGUGGUGAGACAGCGGCAGGCGGCCAACGCGCGGGAGCGGGACCGCACGCAGAGCGUGAACACGGCCUUCACGGCGCUGCGCACGCUCAUCCCCACCGAGCCGGUGGACCGCAAGCUGUCCAAGAUCGAGACGCUGCGCCUGGCGUCCAGCUACAUCGCGCACCUGGCCAACGUGCUGCUGCUGGGCGACGCGGCAGACGACGGGCAGCCGUGCUUCCGCGCUGCGGGCGGUGCCAAGAGCGCCGUCCCCGCCGCCGCCGACGGCGGCCGCCAGCCGCGCUCCAUCUGCACCUUCUGCCUCAGCAACCAGCGCAAGGGGGGUGGCCGUCGUGACCUGGGGGGCAGCUGCUUGAAGGUGAGGGGGGUGGCCCCCCUUCGAGGGCCGCGGAGAUGAGCCUGGACCCUGGAGAAGGAGGCCAAGAGCCAGCCACUGGCUGGACAAGGAAGAAGACCCCAGGAGCCAAGCCCACCCCUUCUUUGUGUGAGAAACAGGGGACUGUGGCCUGGGUCCAGGACACUCUGGGCAGGGCCCUCGGGACGUCUCCACCCAAUCCUGGAGAGCUGUGAGCAUCCAUUCAGCUCUGGCUGGUCAGAGACAAGGCAGAACUUUUGGAAAGGCAAAGACUAUUGGUAUUGGUGACAGAGGGUGUGUGUGUGUCCAUGCGUGAGUGUGAAUGUGUAUAUGAGAGAGAAUUGGUGAGUUUAAAAUAAAAGGUAUUUUUAAAUAAAA